AUGGAGACUGAAAAACAAGAUUAUAUUUUUGAUUAUGAUGGAGAAAACUUCACAACAAUGCUUGACGGAAAGGAAUUAGUUGGAUGUCAAUGGAUUCCAAAGAAUGGAAUUGUCAGAUACGUUCUGAUAUUUUUCCAUGGACUUGGAGCUUUUGUUACAAUUAAUAGACCUUUUUGGCCGAAAAUCAUAGCAGAUGGUGGUGCCAUUUUCGGUACUGAUCACUUUGGACACGGAAGGUCUCCAGGCGAUAGAGGUAACAAUACAAGGGAAAUGCUUCACGCUGAAAUUACUUUACUUCUUAAGAGAGCUCGUGUUAUCUUUCCUGACAUUCCAAUAUUCGUUUACGGACACUCUAUGGGCGGAGUUGCAAUUUUAUCGUAUGUUCUUACACAUCCAAUAGAAGAAAACUGGAUUGAAGGUAUUAUUGUCGAAGCACCAUGGAUAGCUACUCAUGAAAAGGUCGCAAAUUCAUUACCUCAUAAGAUUUUAAGUAAAUUGGGAAGAUAUAUCUUCCCAUCUCUCGUUAUUGACACAGGAAAUGAUUUUGAUACAUCAACAUAUCCAAAGCAGUUCAUUCAAAAGUUUUUAGACAGUAAUUUACCCCACGAUUACAUUACACCAAGAUUAUUCGCUUCUGCAAGCGAAAUGCAAGAAAUCUGCAGACAGCAAUACAAGAAAUGGCCGCUGCGAUUACCUCUUCUUUUUAUGCAAGGAGGAUUAGAUAAUUCCGUUGGAAAGUCCGUAAACUACGAGUGGAUCGACGAAAUUCGUGACUACAUGGGUGGUCGUGUCAAAAUUGUCUUCCACGAAAAUGCAGAGCACGCGAUGUUAAGAAAAGACGAAGGACCAAUCAUUAUUGAUGAGGUUAUAGACUACAUCAAUAAUAUUAUUACUCGUUCUCCAGAUUUAAUUGUUUUCUGA